UUUUCCCCCCCCCCGUGACCCCCCCAGGGCUGCCCCCGAGAUGGUGUCGAUGCUGAAGCGCAACUCGUGUGGGAAGGCCCUGGCCAUCGCCCGGGAGGCGCGGGACAUGUUGGGGGGCAACGGGGUGUGUGAUGAGUACCACGUCAUCCGGCACCUCAUGAACCUGGAGGCCGUCAACACCUACGAAGGCACCCACGACAUCCACGCGCUGAUCCUGGGACGGGCCAUCACCGGCAUCCAGGCCUUCGCCCCCAGCAAGUCACCGGCCCCCCGGGGGUAACGGGGGGGAGAUGGCAUCUGGCACCGCGCUGGUGGCACGGGGCUGCGACGCUCUGCGGCAUGACCGGCCUCGUGCCACCAAAGCUCUGGCCGGGACGUCACCCGUGGGGUCACCAGACCCGUGUCACCAACGGAACCUGCUGUCACCACCAACUGGACCUGUGUCACCGAUGGAACCUGCUGUCACCAACCAGACCCAUGUCACCAACAGAACCCAUUGUCACCGACAGAACCUGCUGUCACCACCCAGACCCGUGUCACCAAUGGAACCUGCUGUCACCAUCAACUGGACACAUGUCACUGAUGGAACCUGCUGUCGCCAUCAACCAGACACAUGUCACCAACGGAACCUGCUGUCACCAUCAACCGGACCCGUGUCACCAACCAGACCCAUUUCACCAACGGAACCUGCUGUCACCAACCAGACCCGUGCCACCGACGGGACUUGGUGUCACCGACAGCACAAGGUAUCGUCGAACAGACCCACUGUCACCGACGGGACUCGGUGUCACCAACAGGACAAGGUGUCACCGACAGGACAAGGUAUCAUCGAACAGACCCAGUGUCACCGACGGGACCCGGUGUCACCGACAGGACAAGGUAUCACCGAACAGACCCCCUGUCACCGACGGGACUCGGUGUCACCAACGGGACUCGGUGUCACCAACGGGACAAGGUAUCACCGAACAGACCCAGUGUCACCGACGGGACCCGGUGUCACCGACAGCACAAGGUAUCGUCGAACAGACCCACUGUCACCGACGGAACUCGGUGUCACCGACAGGACAAGGUGUCACCGAACAGACCCACUGUCACCGAGGGGACUCGGUGUCACCAUUGGGACCGGCAGCCCCGGUUGUGCCGGGUUUUGCCGCGGGAGCCUCUUGGCCCUGACCUGCCCCCGGUGCCUUCGCCGCCCUCGCGGCCGCUUCACCUAUAAAAGGUGGAAAAGCCUCCCCCCUGCUUCA